AGCCUUUAACGCACGGCGCUGCCAUUUGUCUGCCCACAGCUGUUAUGUAAACGGCACCGACGAGCAGACAAGGCUGCGAUCUGAUGAAGGCACAGACGGCGUGUCCUCCAUCGCUGAAGAUUCCUCGUCUUGUUGUCGCAGCACCGAGUGACACAAAUGCAGUGAGCGGCGAGCGCUUUGGCGCGAGAAGAAGGGCGCGUUAUUGGCGGGCGGGAAGUCCCAUAUGGCGCCUUUCGUCUGCGGUUUUUUUUUUGUUGCCACGCGCGGACCAACGCCAUGCCCUGCAAUGCCAAGCAGAGCCUCCUUGUCUGAAUUAUUCAUGAGCUCCGAGCGCUUUGGGCUAAAGCCGAAUAAGCCGCCGCCGCCGUCAGCCUAGCAGUCCGCAGCGGGUCGCAAGCACAGCAUCGGCCGGUGGAGGACCGACUCAUGGACGGUGACUCGAGAUGAGGAAUGCUUCGGAGGAGCGGCUCGUGUGGUGUGAGGACGGGACGGGUGCCAGGAUCUACCUGGCCGUGCUCUACUCGCUCAUGUGUGCGCUGGGCACGCCGGUCAACCUGCUGGUCAUCUACCUGGCGCUCUCCUUCAAGAAACUGCGCACCUCGAGCAACGCCUUCAUCGUCAACGGCUGCGUGGCCGACCUGUUGGUGUGCGCUUUCUGGAUGCCCCACGAGGUGGUGCUGGUGAGCCGAAUCGUACCCAUGGCCACUGGGCACCACACGUUCAAGGAAGCGCUGCUCUUCACUGGCAUCGUGGUGUCCCUCCUGUCGCACUCCCUCAUCGCCCUCAACCGCUACGUGCUCAUCACCAAAGUGCCCGCCACCUACCUGUCGGUGUACCAGCGGCGGAAUACCGGGGGGAUGAUCUCCGUCGCCUGGUUGCUGCCCCUCCUGUUCCUCCUGCCCUGGCUGGCCGUGCGACAGGUUACCCCGGUGGGCUGCCUCCCGCUGCGGGGGCCCUACUCGUCCAGAGCGAGCUCUUACGGCGCGGGGGUCCUGAGCACCACCAUCCUGGUGCAGACCACCAUCGUCCUCUACUGCUACUUCCGAAUCUUCCGCAAAGUGAAGAGCAGCGUCAAGAGGGUCAGCGUUUUGAAUUUCCAGAUCGUCAACAACCUGCCGUACGGCUUCCACCGCAAAGACAAGCGCCUGGGCUUCUCCAUGCUGGCCGUGUGCGGGGUCUUCCUGCUGACCACCGGGCCCUUCUUCUGGGUGUGCCUCCUGGGGCUUUUCCGGACGAUGCCCCCAGCUGCCCACACCGUCACUUGGCUCGUCUUCUCCACCCUCUUCGUCUUGAACCCUCUCCUCUACACGUGGAAGAACGAGGAGUUCCGCAAGGCGCUAAAAAGCACCGUGAGGGGCUCGUCCGCCGUGGUCAGCGUGGAGCCGCCGGUGGUCGUGGUGCAGGCGGUGUCCCGGCACGGCAGCGCGACCACCUGAGCCGCUCAGAGCCCUGAACACCUGGACAGGGCGUACAAGAUGAAGAAGGUUAUGAUGAUGAUGAUGAUGAUGAGCAGAAUCACGGGCAGCUUGGGUUCGGUGCGACUGGAGCCGCAAAUCAAAGAGGGUCCCAAACGGUACAAGCAGUCAUUUUAUCUUCAAGUCGUCUUGGAUUUUGAGUGGAUAUUUAAAGGACUGUUAAGACAGCAAAACGACGCGAAUGUUGUUUUACUGACUUUUAGAGGCGAAGGAAUACAAAAAAUGUCCUUUAGCGCACCUGGCGACGCGAGGGACGCUCCGUUUAUAGCGCACUGUGCGCCACUCCGGUAAUAAAAGCCGCUGCUUUCCGCAAUCUCCCCUGGCAACAGAGGCCUCUGCAGCCAUAAGGACAGACGAGGAAAGUCCUGUCGAAUUACACUUUGGGUUUUCUCCUUCUUCGCAUAGCAACAGGCGUUUGAUUGUUUUUUAUUCUGAGCCAGAGACAGUAAUGCGCGCAUUCAACAUUUGUGUUCUUAUCUUAGUUCAGUGCCAACGCAAAAAGGAAGAAUC